AUGGCAACUAGUCAGCCACACAUCGAGCUGCCUGCUGGCCAGGAGGUGGUGACAGUGAAAAUGAUCGUCCCGGUCAAUUUCGGACCAGCUAUCAUUAAACGGUUCAUGGAGCCCCCUGUGCCUGGUGUGGAAACAAAGAAACCCGGGCCUGUUUUGACGUUCCUUUUGGAACAUUCCUCAGGUCAAAGGCUGGUAUUUGAUCUUGGAAUCCGCAAGGAUUAUCAAAACUAUGCUCCCAUUGUUGCAAACUAUAUACCGACAACGAAUUACGACAUACAAGUGUCAAAGAACGUGGUCGAUAUUCUGGAAGAGAACGGCAUCCCUGCACAGAGCAUUAAUGCGGUUAUCUGGAGUCAUUGGCAUUGGGACCACAUAGGAGACCCUUCAAGUUUCCCCGGCAGCACUGAUUUAAUUGUUGGAUCCGGAUUCAAGGAUGCCAUGUUGCCUGGCUAUCCUGCUAAUCCUAAGUCUCCAAUCCGGGAGAGUGAUUAUGCUGGUCGAUUGUUGCGCGAGAUUCGAUUUGACGGUCCCGAUGCACUGCGUAUUGGAAAAUUCCCUGCAGUCGAUUACUUUGGCGAUGGGUCGUUCUACCUCUUAGACAGCCCAGGACAUGCAAUCGGGCAUCUUUGUGGUCUAGCUCGAACGACUAUAGAUCCGCCUACCUUUGUCAUGAUGGGAGGAGAUAUCUGUCAUUAUGCGGGUAUAUUUCGGCCUUCAAAAUAUCUCCCUGUUCCCCCGGAAAUUUCUCCACAUCCGUAUGAUACACAAAGCAAUGAACCAUUCUGCCCCGGGAGUAUUUUCGAUGAUUUGCAGCACACUAGAGGAAGGAAUCUAACAGAUACGGUGUACGAGAUGUGUUUCGGUCAUGAUAUUCCCCUCGCACAAAAGACCCGUGACAAAUUGCAAGAGUUAGACUGCGACGAGAACAUAUUUGUUAUUAUUGCACAUGAUGCAAGUGUUAGGGACGGGGUGGACCACUUCCCAUUGAGUCUCAACGCUUGGAAGGAGAAGGGAUGGGCCCAGAACGUCAAGUGGGCUUGGUUUAGGGAUCUGGAACCAUUUUGGAAAUCGAAAGGUCUGUGA